UGUUCUUACUGUGCUCAUGUGUAGAGACCCUGGUGAUACUACAAGCAAAGUUUCAUGUUAUGUUGAGUGUUCGUUCUUUGUGUUUUAAAAAUAGCGAUUUUGAUGCUAGCGCAUGAGUGUCCCUGCACCCCAAUGAAAAUUAGCUAGCCCGAAAAUGAAACCACUGUAAAUCUUAAAAGUGCCUAUUUCGUCGUAAUAAUGCUUUUACACGAAGGUUUGACUCGUAUACAUUCACAAAUAAACUCUAGGUUGCUUUUUGGAGAGAGUUUCACUUUAAAACAACAUUAUGUAGAAAUUUACACUUUGUGCAAUUUGGCGCCCCCCAGAGUUUGAAUGCAAGACUGCUGUAAAUACAAAUCCCAGGUCUUUAACAGUUUGUCAGAUGUAAUAUACCCCUCAACAUGCUGGUGCCCCUUUUAUAUUUUUUCCGCCCCUGCCCCUCAAACAUCCUGAGUCCGCCACUGGGUCUAAGAUAUUUAAGGGACGUCAACAAUUGAAGGAUGUGGUGUCAUUCAAAAGGUUUUCUUGUUCCCUCCCUUUUUAAACAAUGUGGCCUUAUAUGGUUAUAAUAAGAUGGCCUACUGUUUAUCAGCUAAACAGCUUGAAUGCAGUUUCCAUGUUGUGGCCACACUUUUCUAAAACUUACCAGCCAUAGCCAGACACAAACCUGUUCUACAUAUUCAGAGAGCGGAGGACAGCCUCUGUGGGGGAUGCACAUCUUUUAGAUGUAAACCGAAGACAAUACAAGGAAAUAGGAAGCCCCCUGUGCAUAACUUAGGCCAGGCUUCCAGAAGUUUCCCAGAAACCUAACGUGCGAGUCAAGCCACUGAGCUUUUAUGUUCACUACUCAGGCCUGGAACGACGCAUUUGGCCACCUGGGAGCUGGAAAAGGUCAAUCCGCAGUAAUGGCUGAAGAAAUACCACUGCGAGAGAAGAAGCAGAGAACUCUACCUCGGACUGAUGGGUGUGGUCUGAACAACUUUGACGCUCUGGAUCUGUCAGGAGGGUUGAGGAUUGUCCUGGUGGGCAAGACAGGAUCAGGGAAGAGUGCAUCAGGAAACACUAUCCUUGGGAGGGCCGCCUUCAAAGAGGACCCGAGCCCUGUGUCUGUGACCAAGCACUGUGAGACCCAGAGCGGGGAAGUGGACGGGACUCUAGUCCAGGUCAUUGACACUCCAGGUCUGUUUGAUACAGGCAUCACAGAGGAAGAAUUAAAAACCAGAAUAGAGGAGUGCGUCAAGAUGUCGGUGCCCGGCCCUCACGCCUUCCUGCUGGUGAUCCGGCUCGGAGUAAGGUUCACCGAGGAGGAGAGGAACGCCGUGAAGUGGAUCCAGGAUAACUUUGGGGACGACGCCUCCAUGUACACUAUCAUGCUGUUUACGUGUAAAGACCAGGCCAAAGCUGACAGUGCUCUGAAGGAGUGCAAGGAGCUGCGGAGACUCUCGAUUACGUUCGGACGCAGAUACCACGCCUUCAACAACAACGACGCGGACGACCGGGUGCAGGUCACGGAGCUGAUCACCAUGAUCAAGGAGAUGAUACAGGACAACGGCGGGAAGCACUACACGAAUGAGAUGUACGAGAAAGCCCAGAGGAAGCUGAGGGAGGAGGAGGAGCAAAAGAGGCAGCAGGAGGAGGAGAAGAAGGAGGAGGAGAGGAAAAUGUGGGACGCAGAGAGGGAGAAGGAAGUGAAAGAGAGAGAAAAGAAGAAAAGGGUUAAGAGAAAGAAUAUACGCGUGGCGUCGGCUGCCGCUGUCUUGCUGGUAGCAGCUGGGGUGGUUAUAGCGGUGGGGGCCGACAUGACGGUGGCUUUGGCUCUUGGGGCCCCGGUGCUCAUCAUGGGAGUGCUGUGUGGCAUUCUUUCCAUUUGCAUAUGGAAGGGGAAGGACAUAAGAUGCAGAGCCAAAGCAAGUGAUCCAGUAUAACCAGUGACAAGGACAAUGUCGACCCACCGCAGUAUUAGUAUUGCACAAAUUACUACUGACUGCUUAGAACCAAUCAGUGAUGAUGUUUUUUUUUUUUGUUUUUUUUUAGCCUUUUCUGCAUUCUGCUUCGGAGAUGUUUAGACACAACACUGCAGUAACAGAAGUAUGUGAAUUUAAUGUGAAGUAAACGGUAUGAAAUGCAGUUCCUGGUUUUUGUUUGUUGUCUUUUGGCUCAUUUGGUGUUUGGAUAUAUACACGAAGCCCACGUCAUGACCUCGGGCUGGGUCCAGGCAGUAGGCAUUUGUGGCACAUGCAGAGAGCCGUACUGCAGCUAGGGGGCUGCAAUGCAUUUUGAAAUGUUUUAAAAGUAUACAAGUCAAGGGAUCUCAAGUCUUGAUCUUUAUUUGAAUAUUUUUUCAUUAGUUUUUAAACACACACCAUAGUUAUUCUUUUCUUAUACGUGCAUGCCUGACCAAUUGUGUAUGAACAAAUAAGCUAAAAUUUAUACCUGACUAAAUUGAUAAUUAGUAGAGUAAGUUAAGUAAUACAAUUGUCUGUUUGUUUGUUCACCAAAUACCAAAAUGUGUGAAAGGGGCCCCAGAGAAAAUAGUCUGUUGUAAGUGAUCUGUCCAUUAAGUCCGGCCCCGGUCAUGAUUUAUACUUGAAAAGGUGUGUUUCUGGUUUAUGAGAAACCCUUUGAAUUGACAUGCUGGUAAAUUUCGUAAGGUUGGAAAAUGCAGUUUUAUAACUUAUAUGAUAGCUGAUUAGAUAAAAUAUUUGUGUAGGUUUAUUUCUGUUCCUUAUUUAAACUAUGAUGCACUCUUGC